AUGUCCGUGAACAACAAGAUCCUCCGCACCGCCAAUGCCCCCACCACGGCUCCAGAUGAGACCGAAAUCAACGUCGCUCAAGCCCUGAUAGAUUUGGAGAACAAUGUCCCCGAGCUCAAGGCUGAGCUUCGCCCUCUCCAAAUCUCAGCAGCCCGGGAAGUCGAUGUCCGAGGUGGCAAGAAGGCCAUCGUCAUCUUCGUCCCCGUUCCCCAAUUGAAAGCUUUCCGCAAAGUCCAACAGAGGCUUACUCGGGAGCUUGAGAAGAAAUUCGCCGACCGUCACGUUGUAUUUGUUGCACAACGCCGAAUGCUCCGUAAACCAACGCGCACCUCCCGCGUCAAGCAAAAGAGGCCCCGCAGCCGCACUCUUACCAGCGUCCACGAACGAAUCCUAGAGGAUCUAGUUUUCCCCACGGAGAUCGUCGGAAAGCGCACCCGAGUGUCUGUAGACGGCUCCAAGCUCCUUAAAGUCUUCCUCGACUCCAAGGACGCCACAUCGCUUGAAUACAAGCUCGAUUCGUUCACAUCUGUGUACCGGAGAUUGACUGGAAAGGAUGUUGUUUUCGAAUUCCCGGUGGUCGCGCAAGAGUAG